UGUUGCGGGAAGUGCCAGCUACUCAAAUAAACCAACGAAGGAGGAGGACGCUUGAACAAGUGUCCAGUUAAGAGAAUUAUAUCAAAGUCGAGUCUUUCAUCUGUCUGGAUUCUUAUUGGCUGAUGGAGAGGACAGUUGUAUCACUAUGUCUCACAGACUGACUAAGGAGCAGCUGGAUGAACAGUUUGAGCUGUUCUUGAAAGAGUCUGAUUCAGGUGACUCUGAGAAGCAGCUGGGGGUAAAGAGCAGCCAGAAAUAUUCCCAGAAGACAAAAGCGUCCUGGUGGCAGGAUGAAGAGCCCAGCGGGGGAGGAGCAGGGAGAGCAGAGAUGGCCAAAAAAAGAUUUAUCAAAUCCAAAAAGGCUAAGCCCGAGAACACCACUGUGGUCAGUGUGGAUCCCGUUUUAAAGCCGGUCCCCAAACCUCGCUGCAAACCUCCCGAUCAGCCGGUUCAGUUGGACAACACUCACUCCGAUGCAGUGCUGGAGGGUAGCCCUGAUGACCCUCUCUCUGAGGAUCCUCCAGCAGACAGCUUUCACAGUCCUUCCCAGAGGGACAGUGGAGAUGGACUGCUGGGAUUUGGGAAAACAUUCCGGAAGUCUUUGAGGAAGGCUGUUGAGGAGGAGGAUGAUCCAGGAGGUUUGAAGGAAGUCGGUCCGGAAUCAGCCAUUCUCAGCAGUGACACUACUGAGCUAGAGGACACACUGAUGGUACCAGCUGGGAACAUGACCGGUAUUGGCUUGGACACCAUAGAGGAAGAAGAGGAGAAGGCCAGGUUCUUCGCCCACCUUGAGGCCGGGGCAUUAUCCACUAUAGAUUACUCCAAGCUGAACAGAGCGCUUGACUCCAAAAGCUCUACCCUCGCUCCUCACCUCAGGGAAGCCGAUGCAAAGGUGGAGCAGAGUGAGGAUCAGAGGAGAGGCACAGAGAUCAGCAGGGAGUCUCCAGCCCUAACAGGACCUCCGCAUUACAGUGAUGAUUUUGAGGAAGAGGAGAACGUGAAAGAGGUGCUGGAGGAGAAACCAAAGAUGUCUUCAAUUCUUGCCAAAGUGUCUCUGCAUGAUUCCCUGGAGGACACAGAAGACAGAAGGAAGGACUCAGCAGGGUCACUGGACAGAGGGCAGGCCUACGUGCAGAGUGGAGGCUCAGAGAUGGAGGCUGUCCAUGAGGCCUACAGGCAGAUCCAGGUUGUGGAAGAUUCAGAGGACCAUUAUCUCCAUUAUUCUUCUCUGGAAGGGCGGGGGGCCAUCCCUAUCACCCCCCUUCCUCAACACACCACGCAGUCUCUUCAGCCGGCUGAUACCAACGAGUCAGCCAUCACACUGACCCUUGCUGUGGGAUUCAUCCAAGAGCAGACAUCCGGCUCCUUUGAAACGACUUCUCCAGAGUCCCUCCUCAAGCCAUCGGGACGGACUGACCCUGUCGCAGAGAUAAAGGGAGGCACAGGAUUGGCCAGCCUCCAGUCCAGCUCCCCAGGCCCCGCCAACCUGACGUGGAACAUCAGACACGAAGUAGAGAGGCUGAUUCAGGAUGAGAACAAAUAUUCUGCUGACACGUCCUCUCGGGGGAGCAAAGCUAAGAAACAACAGGCCUCCCGUGGCUCCUGUGUUUCUCAUUCCUCUACGUCUUCAGUGAGGAAGCUCGCUGUGGCUCCUGUGAGAGGCAGGAGGGUGGAGGGGAGGACGGCGGGGGCCUGCAGGACUUCAGGGCCCAGCAGAGCUGCUGCUGCAGCCAAAACCCAGAACUCUGUCCCCCAUCCUCUGCAGCAUCCGCAAGAAAAAGCCAAAUCAUCAAAGAACCAGGAAAAAGAGGACCACACAGAUCCGGACAUGAGGGUGAGCAGUGAGUUGGUAGCCUCUGUUCAGUCCUUGGUGGCAGUCCUCCAGCAGCAGAUACACACCUGCAGUCCCCUGGAGGCUACACACACACAGGAAGUCAGAAGUCCUCAAGAAACCAGACCGACACACCUUCCACACCACAACAGGGAGGAGGUGCGCUCUCUGGUGGAGGAGCUGAGGAUGCAGCUGGCUCAGAAAGAGAGGGAGCUGCAGGCGAUGAAGGAAGGAGCAGAGGAGAUGACCUCACUGAAGAAGCAGAACUACCUCCUGCAGAGCAAGCUGCAAAGUGCAGAAGACGAAAGGCAGAAGAGGAAACUGGCGGAGGCCUCUGACUCCACCUCUGGGGAAAAGCUCCAACAGCUUGAUAGAGAAAUAAAAGAGCAGGAGACACUCCUCAAAGGUUACCAGCAGGAGAAUGAGAAGCUGUAUGCGCAGAUAAAGGCUCAGCAGGCGCAGAGUAAAUCCAACGAGGAGGCCAUGUUCAACGAGAACCAGAGGCUGCUCAGCAAGCUCACCUUCACUAGUGAGCAGCUGAAGAAUACCUCCCGGACUGUGGGAAGUGUGUGUUUGAUGGAUCACACUCAGCGCAUUACUGACUUGUUAGCUCAAAUGAAUACACUUCAGAGGAAUGAGGCCACACUCUGUGAGGAUAUCCUCAGGUUGAAGCAGGAGAAGCAGGUUCUGGCAGUGGACCUGCAGCUGAUGAGGAAAGAGAGGGACCUGGCUAAAGCUCAGGCCAUGUCUGCCUCAGGUGAUAAGUCCUUUGAGAUGCGUGUGUUGGACGAGAAGCACAGAGAGGAGGUGUCGUCCCUGAGCAAGAAGCUGCAGUGGUUUGCAGAGAAUCAGGAGCUGCUGGAUCGAGAUGCUGGCAGACUGAAGGCUGCUACCACUCAGAUACAGCAGCUCAAAGAGCAGGUAGAAAAACUGAAAAGUGAUGUGGGCAAGAGAGGCAGCGAGGCGCAGACAAAGACCAAAGACAAAACUGUGGAAACCAAGAGGAUGCAGGACCUGCAGCGACAGGUGAAGGAGCUAGAGCAGAUACUGAGGCGUAGAAACCCAAACUCCCUGCCUGCUCUGAUCUACGCUGCAGCCACAGCUGGAGGUGCAGAAGAGGGUGCCGAUGGGACGUCCCCCCCCAGCAGGAUCAGUGCUCUGCAGGAGCGCAGGAUCCAGCGUCUGGAGGCCGAGCUGGAGGGCCACGAUGAGGGGACCAAACGCAGCCUGAGGGCCAUGGAGCAGCAGUUCCUCAGGAUCAAGCUGCGCUACGAGCAGCAGAUCUCCGAGCUGGAGCAGCAGCUGGAACGCAAACAGCAGCUGGAAAGUGCAGAGUCAGCGGCAGGGGGGGAGCUGUGGAGGUCAAAAGCUGGGACCCUGCAGGUGGAGCUGCAGCAGGUGAAGCAGAGCCAUCAGGAGAAGGAGAAGUCUCUCCAGGAGCAGAUAGAGGCUCUGCAGCAGCAGCUCAAACUCAAGCCCCAGCCCAGCCCAGGCCGGCGCCAGCACCAGGCCGAGGCAGCGUUCGGGGUCCGGAUCGAGCGUCUGAACAAAGAGCUGGCCCUGAAGACGCAGAGCAUCCAGGAGCUGAGCCGCACCGUGGACCGGCUGCAGAGGGAGAGGAGGAGCAUGCUGUCGGCCCCCCCCCCAGCAGCAGAGAGCAAACGACCCGCAGCUAAAAGCCUCAGCUCUGCUGCUGCAGGGGAGACAGUUGGGGGGGUAACCUUUCCAGCUGCUCAGUAUGAGAAGACCUACCAACCCACUGUGUUCACCGGCAGCCACAUAUCAGAGGUGGUGCAGGAGAGCGAGGCUCUGAUGCAGCAGGUGGAGCUGCUGCAGCUGCAGAGGGAGCAAGAGAGGGAGGUGCUGACUGCACAGGCUGAACACGCUAAGGAGGAGCUGAGCAGGGUGAAGCAGCAGGGUGCGGAGCAGCUGAGCUCCAUGAAGGCGGCGCAUCACCGGGCUCUGGACACGCUGCGGGCCGGCUACGCCCUGGAACACUCUUCUUCACGGGUGGCUGAGUUGACCAAUCAGCUGCACACUCAGGAGGUGACAGUGAAGUAUCUGGAAGAGCAGCUGACGGAACUGCAGGGGGCCAGAGAGGCCCUCACUGUAUCCAGGACCAGAGAGGACGCUCUGCAGAAACAGCUGAGCAGACUGCUGAAGGACCUGAAGGAAGCUACAGACGCUCAGAGCCCGGAGGUGAAGCUGCUGUGCGGUCUGGAGAGGAAGAUCCUCAGUAUGGAUCUGCGCCACCAGAGCAGAGAGAGGGAGCUGCAGCAGGUGAUCGGGGGCUCGUGGCCAACUCUGGAUUCGGAUCAGCAGUCGGAGGUGGAGAGCUGGAAGCGUCUGGCUCAGCAGAAGAGCAGAGAGGUGGAGGCUUUCCGUCUGGAGCUGGACUCCAUCCUGGACAUCCUGAGACACCUGCAGAGACAGGGGGUGGUCCUCCCCCCUCCUGAGACCCCCCCACACAGGAGCUGAUGCUAACUCAUGCCAAGACCAAACAGUCAUCCCUCAGCAUUACAAUGAGCUCAGAUGACAACAUGAGUGGCAAACAUCAGAGACAGACGAUGUGUACUAGCAGCACUGCUUUAACACAAAUAAAUAAAACACUAGAUGAAUAAAGUAAAACGAUCUAACUUUGA